CGCAGCACUUUGCGCCGACACGCAUGUGCGUGUGGCACCUCGACGCGCCUCCCCGGCCCUGACUGGUCGCCAUGACGACGAGCGCUGCCGCCACCAACUACCGCGACGUCGUCGGCCGGGCGCGAGACUUGGAGGCGAUCGUCGAGUCGCACCGGUCAGAGUGGGCGGGCGCGCUGCAGGAGCAGAGGCAGCUCUCCGAGCGGCUGUCGACCUUCGCGGACGGCGAGUGGGCGGCGUGGGCGCGGUCCGAGACGGCCGCCGAGCCGCUGCCGCCGCUGCUGCGCGCGGGCAUGCGGGUGCACUGGCUGGUGUCGUCGGAGGAGGAGAUACUGGCGGCCCUCUCGCGCGGUCACGAGGCCAGGGCCGCACGUCGCUUCCUCGAGGCGCGCGCCGCCGCGGACCGCCUCGCCGGCGGCGGCGCGGCUGCCUCGGAGUCGCCCCGCCGCGACGCUCUUCCGGCGGGCGGCGGGCCGGCCCAGCUGGCCGACGCCUUCCCCGUCGCCGGGAGCGCCCGCCCAUCGCUCGACGCGACCCGCGAGCGCCUCGUCGCCAGCUGCGUCACCCGGCUCCGCGCGCCGCGCCUUACGCCGAGCAGGGCCGCCACGCUGCUUGCCGCCAUCCACGCUGUCGGCGGAGGCAGCGGUGCCACCUCCGCGCCCGCCGACGCCCGCCCGCCCGCCGGCCCGCCCGCCGGCCCUCCCGCCGCGGCACUGGUCCGGCUCUUCUUCGACUCGCGCGCUGAGGCGGCGCGCGAGUGC